AUCAAGGAACACAAUAAUCAAAAGCUCUAAAGCUCAAUAGCCUGCUCUACACAAACCUCCAUCGUCUACCUUUUUAUAUUUAUUCCAUUCCCUAGCUUCCAACACCAUCAUCAUAUCACUCACUUUCACAAACAAACACACACACACACACUAAAUAUCAUAAUGAAGCUAGAACUUCCAAGAACAAGCAGCUGCAACAGCACCACCACAACAAAAAUCAUCCCUACCACCUACAUGAGAUCCACUUCCUACAAACCUGAUCCUAACCACCUCACCGCCAAUACCAACACCUCCGUCGUCCUCCACCGCAGCUCGAAGCCUCGGUUAGUCAUCUCCGCCUUCUUCCGAUCACUCAUCAACCUCAUCUCCUUCCCCAUGAUCCUCCCCACUUGCCGCUGGCUAACACUCCCAUCCAACCUCUCCAUAACUCCAACUCUAGGCCGCAAAGUCACCGGAACCCUAUUUGGGAACCGCCGUGGCCACGUCAGCUUCGCCGUCCAGUACGACCCUAGGUCAGCCCCUGUCCUCAUCAUCGAGCUGGCGGUGUCCACGUCAACUCUCGUGAAGGAAAUGUCGUCGGGGUUAGUGAGGAUCGCGUUAGAGUGCUCUAAGGGCUCCACCACGCGCCGACAUGGUAAAUUAUGGAAAGAACCUAUGUGGACUAUGUAUUGUAAUGGGAGAAAAUCAGGGUACGCGCUGUCACGCGAGUGCACGCAGUCGGACUGGCACGUGCUUAGCACCGUAGAGAGCGUAUCGGUCGGGGCCGGAGUGAUCCCCGUGGUGGAGGAUGGCCGGAAAGGUGGUAUGGCGGAGGGGGAGUUGCUGUACAUGAGAGCUAGGUUUGAAAGGGUUGUGGGGACACAACACUCGGAAGCUUAUUACAUGAUGAACCCUGAUGGAAAUGGUGGGCCUGAUCUUAGUAUCUUUUUGCUCAGAGUUUAGAACGAAAUGCUUGUUUCAGUACUGAUGGUUUGGAUGUUAAUUAUUUGUCGAACGUGUAAUUUAUGUAAUCAAUGAAUUCGCAAAACUACUUGUUUUUGUAGCUCCAACUGUAAGAUCGAUCGAAUAUUGUGAGUGAUUCCGAAGCUGCUGUAUUAGAUGUGAAAUUGUGGUUAUUGAGCUAUUUUCUUAUUUUGUAA